UUAUGUGCAAAGGUGGUGCUGUGUUUAGCAGCAGCCCCUUUGGGAUGAAUGUAGAAACAUAAGGAAAGAUGUUAAAUUUCAUAAAUGUAAGCAAAAGACUUGAAUAUAAACAAAAGCUGGUGAACACUCAUGUCAGUAACUGGCAGGAACCAGGCCAUGGCAGUAGUCUUCAGUUUUACCUUAAAAAGUAUGCAAAUUAGUAGGUUAAAUGACUGAGUGGCAACAUAGUGGCAACAUCUCCUGGAAUGCUGCCAUCUUCCCGAAAAGUACUUGAAUUUGCUGCCAUGAGCAUCAGUCAAGAGUUGUGGCCCAUCCAGGUAGAACACCGAGACCUUUACUCUCCUUUCGAAAUGACGGUGGAAACUGCAGCCAGCAUGGACUUAACAACGCUGUUCAAGUCAUGUGUCAAGACCAUCCGAACAAGAAACAAAGCUAUGGGUGUCAGUCUUCCCAAAACCAAGAUCUUUCCAAAUUCGUCGCCGAUGUCCCAGUUUUACACCAGGGCUCGAGAUAUCCACAGUAAUAUCAUAAGUCAUCGUAAUUUACUUCGAGAUCAUCAGAGAAAAUACUUGAUUGACAAUGAAGGUUCCAUGACUGAUAUUGAACGUAGUUAUAUGGAAAAGGUUGUUACAACAAAUUUGAGAAUUAUUGAUGACAACAUCAAAACUCUUCGCAUAGAAGUAGACGGAGAUCAGCAAGGUUCGAGUGAUGCCUGUGAGUGCAGAAAGAACAUCCUCUCUACCUUGGAGAUUAAUUUUCAGCAGGUCAACUCCCAUUUCAAAGAUUUAAUGAGUAAAAGGAAAAAGAAACUAAAAGAUAAGGAGACCUUAAUGAAACUACAUCGACCGGGUGGUUUAAAGAAACGACAAAGUACUACCACAGAAGAAUCCUCUAAAUCAACUGCUUUAGGUCAUACUCGAACAAAGUCUAAUUCUAGUCAAGACACGUGUGACGGCUCCCAACCAGACUCAUGGGGACCAUCUUCAUUAGAAAGUGCUGGAAAUACAGAGGUUGCAGGGGAAAGUAAGCAAGGCGAUUCACCUGUAGUCACCCAGAAUAAUGUAAUGCCAUCUCCAGUAGAAGAAGAAAUAGAUAAUAUGCUUGGGUCUUUAAGUAGUGAGGAGAGGCAACUCUUGGAAGAAGAAAACCUUCACCUCUACAAGGAGCUCAUGUCUAACCAAGAAGAAGUCCGGCAAAUUACAAGACAGGUUGUUGAAUUAGGACAGAUGCAAGACUUUUUCUCCGAGAAGGUUGACAUUCAAGCCCAUCAAAUUGAAAAGAUCCAGGAGACUAUAAUGGCAGCUACAGAAAAUGUUAAAGAGGGAAAUGAACAGGUACGUGAGGCGAUGAGGAAAGAUGCUGGAUUCCGCGUGUGGAUUAUGUUUUUCCUAAUAGUUAUGUCAUGUACGAUACUUUUCUUAGACUGGUAUAAUGGGUAAAUAUUUCAUCAUUUCCAUUGAUUGUCUUCUGCACAAACCUAUUCUUUUUACUGGUGCCAGUAAGGUAGACGUAUUCACUGGUUGAAAAGUUAUCCUGCUGCUAACUACAGACACUUUUACAUAUGAAUUGUUAAUUUGUUAAUUGUUUGCAUAUAAAGUGUUAAUUUGUUACAAGAUACAGAUAUACUUAGUUUCAUUACAAGCCCAUUAAGUAUAUAUAAGCUUUUUUGCGAGUCCCAAAUGUUCCCAGUUCACCAAUCUUUUUGUUUGUCAGACAGAUGGUAAGUUCUUCUUGCAUGCACUAACUAGGUAUACGGACAUGUUUCAACUGAAAGCAUCACAUUUUGUGAAGCUGUGGUUGUUUAAAUCUCUCUUCACUUAUUCGGUGUUUUAAUAGAGAGGAUUCCUAAUCCAAUGCUGCCUACUAAUUAAUUACAUAUUUUCUAUUGAUCAUGAUUUAUUGAAGCCAUUUUCCACCAUGCAUUGAGUUGGGAAAGAUUUUUUUUCUUUUCCCAUCUUGUUUAUUUUACUGCAGGGAAGAAUAACGCUGCCUUUAGUUUUGCUUCUGUGCUUUGUAUUUGGUUAUUUUGAUGUAUUACUUUGCAUUUACAUAAAAAUUACAAAUUUUGUAUUUUUUUGAGCUUGCUUUCCUAGUAGUGAUGAUCUUACUAUAGUGUAGGCAAGCUAAUGUAUUUUUCACUAAUUAUUUUGAUUUUAUAUUAGGGCAUUCAUCAUGAAGCCAUGCUAUUUUGAAACAUACUAAGUAGGAUUUAGUUCCCAUAAGUUCCCACUGCAUUGUAAACUGUAAUUGAAUGAAAAUAAAAAAUUUAACCUAGAAUUAUACCGGAUUUAAAGGAAUUACUGUAAUAAUACCAUGACUUUAAUUUGUUCCAUUAAGAAUCAAAUCACUUUUCUCAUAACAAACACCUAUUCACAAUUCAGAGAUGUCUAUAUUCUUAUGUCUUAUAGACAAAGGAAUCAGAAGAACUAGGAGCACCCUUGUUUGCAUGUGCACUUUUGAACCAUUGGUAGGUAGCAACUGUCUUCCUCGUUCAUGUUUCUUCCCAGCUUUGGUCUUAACAGCUUUGGAAAACUCUCCUUUGUUAACGCUGACUUUGAUUUGUCAAUUUUGUUUACCGUCUAAUUCCUUUACUAGUCUUUUCUCCAGAAAAGUGCGUUAAUAACUUUGAUUACUUAUAGGUUGUGUUUAGCAAGCUUCCCUAAGUAUUUUAGCAUACUAUUUUUGACUGUGUAAGGAAUUUCACAUUUUCUUUAUUGUUAGCAUAUAAUUCAGGUACUUUCACAGAUUCUGUACGUAUAUUUCCUGUAAUUUUGGUGGAUGGAGCUGAUUUUUCCAGAUUAUCUGUCAUCUUUUGUUUUGGUAUUUUUACAUUUUUACUUCUCAUAUUUAAUUGUUGUAUUAUGUACAAUUGUUUAUGUAUACUGCUUUUUCAGUACCUUAUGUUUUGAUUGCGCACUAAUAUGUUAUGUUUCACUACUGACCAGGUAAGGUCAGUCAUGCCUUCAUAUCAUUGCUGGAAACAGACCCUCCUAUACUAUGUAGCAGUUACUGGGUCCUUUGCUGCCUGCCAACUGUCACUUGCAACACUUGAGGGGUUAGUAGUAAGAUCAGUGGUCACACUAUAAAAAGUGGAGAACUUAUUCUUGUAAAGUAGAGAAGGACAAGUGAUGUAAUAAUGAGAUACUGUGCAUAUUUGUUCGAUAUUAUUGAAAUAAUAUUCAGUAUUGUGGUCAGCAUCUGGAUCUUCCUCUUCUCUGGUUUAAGUUAAUGAGCAUGAGUGAAGCAGUUCCUCAUUUGGUCUCAUCAGGCAGAUACUGGAGAAGUUCCAAGCCUCUUACAAUAUCAGGUUGAUUCUUAUAGCUCCCUUUGGCUAUAGCAGGAUUGGUUCAAGGAUUUAGUAUUUAUGGUGGUGGACAGUCCAGCAAGUCUCUCGCUGUCAUAAUGUCAUAGAAUUAUCAGUGUAGGCAAUCUUUGUCUUCACACCUAGAAUUUAACAGGUAAGGCUUCAGAUGCAGAGGUCUCACAAAGGAAGCAUAGCUGUAGCCAUUGCAAGAUCUUGAAUGACUUCAAUAGCAACUUCUACUAGGUCAAGUGGAACCAGUUUUGUAGUUGGUGAAGUGGAAGGGGCAUUUAUCCAGUCAGUUCCAAUAUACCCAUAAUUGCCAAUUGGGUAGCAAGAGGUUUACUGAGACACCUGUAGUUCCAGAUGGUAUAUUUUUGGAGAGACUACCUUCCCUUUUCUGACAUACAAAUAAAUGGUGAACCUGGGAACAUUCAGGAUAUGAACAAAGCCCUGUAUGUGAUCAAUAUGUAUGUAUGAAAAACCUUUGUUAAAAUAACGUUGUUUUUUUUAGGAUGACAUAGUUUUUGGUUUGUAAUAGCAUGGAAGUUUUUAACCUACUGCAAAAGUAGUGUUAACUUGACAGUGCUCUAUGCAAAUGAAAGGAAUAAAGUUUUCAUUCUAGUGGUGGUCAUUAGCUGACAUCGAAUUCCUACUCUUCCUGUUUUCUCAGAAUGUUAACUUCGUAAAAGGUACCAUCAAAGUUUCUGGAAUUACAAAGAUAAAGUUUUCUGGAAGUGUGAGAAUUUCCACCCUGACCCUUGAGAUUCUAGUGACAUCAAAUUAUGUGACCUGAAGAAAAUAAAUUGAAUUUAAAUAUAUUAUAAUCAGAUAACUUUAGAAUGGCACUUGAGACUGUUUGGGGAUGGUUUAACUAUCUCAUGUGAAAGAAAUGCCUGUUCUGAGAGAAUUAUCAUAAACAAUUGAAAACGAAAAAUGAUAAAAACUCUACUAAUUUAGUCCUCUGUUUUUAUAUGCAAGAAAAGGGAGUUUUAUUUUGUUUUGUCAUGGGGCAAAAAGAUUGUUUAAAUCUAUUAUAUAUUUAUGACUAAUAUCAACACAUCAUGUGGACUACAUAUAAUUUUCAUAUUUUCCCUUUUUAAAGACAGUGCAUCAGUGUACAAUUUAUAUUGGAUUCCAAAUAAAUACAGCCAAAACCAGGAUUACAUUCGUAUUGAAAACAAUUAACAGCCGAAACUUGGUCAUUUUACUACUGAGAAGUUUUUGGACUCCCAAGAUCUUCAAAGGGUUAAUUUUGUUUAAAUUUACUAAAUUUUGUCAGUCAUUCCCAUGUUUUUAUUUAAAUGAUAUUUAUAAAUGACACUUCCAUCCUAUACUACCAUGUUUAGGAAUUAAUUGUAACUGGUGUAUAUAUGAAUAAUAUUUUGGAGAUUUGCUUCCCUGUUUAAGCUGUGGACACUUGGUGCUAAGGUGGUCUAGAUAAUUCACUUCAUUUUCCAAUUUUUGCUGUGCUAUGUCUUAUUUGCGAUAAGGUAAUCAAAGGUGCUAAAAUGAACAUACUUGCGAUAGCUAUGGUCACUAUGGAAAUGCUUUUUGAAGCCUCACUGUAGAAAUAGAGCUGCUGCCUUUUCAUAUAAGCAUUGAAUAAAGAGGUCAGUUUUAGUUUUAAAAUCCAAAAACUGAGAGGUGUUCAUGUUGGGAUGGUUGAAUAAUACAGGUAUGUUUAGAACUUGGAGAAAGGAAGAUAAUAAAUCCUCAUGGAAAACAAGUCUCAAUAUAGGUUUUGAAAUGACAAAGGAAAGUACUGUGUACAGUAUUUCUGUAUAUAUAUUUGUAUACCUCAGGCAAUUGUGCUCCUUUUACAUGUAUCACAAAUCAUUCCAAAUCUAGCUUGAACUGAGGAAACAAGAUAUCAAACAAAUUUUUCAAAUUAUGUCAUUGCUGCAAGCAUGUGAGAAACCUUUGAGGGAUUUUCACAAGUGCAAUUACAUUUGUAUGAUGGAUCAGUGUAGCAAAAAUUUAGAUAGGAUCACUGUUUAUAAUCAGUAAAAUAAAAUGUUUAAAAAUGUUUGCCUAUAAGAAUCCUUCCAUGCACUAGUGUUCUCUAAACUUGUGUUUGUAACAAUUAGUACAUGCAAGGAAAUCAAUACGAUCACUAUUUUAUGAUAAUAGCAUGAUCCUGUCCAAAAAUACAAAAGAUUGUGAAUGGUAUGUAGCUGGCUUUUGACUUACUACUGUGGUCAUUCUUCCUGGCAUGAUCUCUUGUUGGUCAUAGAAAGUUUGAUAAUUUAUUGAGGCCUUAACUUAGCGUAGCAUGAAGGCUGUAAAUAUAAUGAAUUCCUUCACUAGACUUGUGUAUUAAUAACUGUAUAGGUAAUGAAAGUUAGGAGUAAAGACCAACACAAACUUCCAAUGCCAGUAACUGAUUGGGAUGAUAUUCAGUCAAGUGGAGUAACCCCUGAGGUACUGAGAAAUCAGUUAUUAGUUGGCUGUUCGAUACUGUUAAAAUUGUAAGUUUGCCAUUCAUAUGAACUUUAGACUCUGUUAGUCUUGUUCACAGAUAAGGUAUACUACACUGAAUUGUUUUUACUGUCCCAUAUUUGCAUCAUCUGUAUUGUAAUGUACAGUAAACAAUAAAAAAUAAUUUAACAUCAGUUCAGACAGUGGGAUCCUCAUAGUGGGAAAUAUUUUGUCUCUCCUUCACCUACCAUUGUGUUUUACAUCAAACAGUCAGUCUGGUGCCUCAGAUGUGUGCAGUACCAUUACUAAUUAGGGAAUUAAUUUCUUAUGAAAUAUCAGGUAUUUUAAAAAUUUGUAUUGUCUUUGCUUGCACUAUUUUUGUGUGUAAAACCCAUUUUCAUGUAGAUUUUACAGCAGUAUACUUUUCACAGUGGACAAUAGGAAAUUUACUGGCAUCCAUGUAAACAGGGUAGUAUUUAAUGUAAGUUUUAUGCAAGAACAUAUCUUUAAGAAAUAAAGUACAUAGUGUAACAUAUUAUGAGUUAUAAUGGUGGCAUAUUCUUUAAUAUAAUUCACUUUGCUUUCAUGACAUAUGGUUACUAAACAGAGUAUUAUUUAACUUAUUUUCUACUUAAUGUCAUACACAAUUUCAACUGAUAUGAAUGUCUUUAGGCAAAAACGUUAUCUGCAGUUUCUUUUAUGUAUCUGUUCUAUACUUUGUAUUAGAAGUGACGUAAUAUGAAGCUUGAGCUUUCAGAUGAACAAGAGAUGCAAGUAUGUUCGAUAUCAUCUUUCAUAUUGAAAGCUUACAUAGUGUUCGGCUUGUAUAGUAUCUGAUAUUGAGAUAUUUGUUGGAGAACUAUAGUUAUAUUGUACUUCUCUGUAGAGUUAUUUUACUCAUGGAGAAACCUGUUUGUAGUGUUGGCCAAUACAGUACCAUAAUAAAUGUUGAACAUCAGUUA